CGGCCCGCACCGGCAGCGGCAGCGGCAGCGGCAGGGUGAAGGUGAAGGCUCACCAUGGCUGCAGUGUGGCUUAUCACCUGGACGCUGCUCCUGGCUGACAGGGUCUCCACCACGGCCCAGGAGACACUGUCCCCAGAGGAGACAUCACAGCAGGGCAGGGUACCCCUGCACGUCCCAUCCUGGGGACACCUGGGGACACCUCCAGCCUGGGAUGCAUCGGGGGAGCUGAGUGGUGCUGGGAACAUCGAGAGUGAGCGCUGGAGAGGUGGCAGUCCUGUGCACUGGUCUCAACUGCCACAGCUGGGCACUGUCACUAGGACACCUCGGGUGACAGGGGCAAGCCUGGCAGGUGACACAACCCUGGCUGUGGUAGAGGAGUCCUUCACCUGGCAAGGACGUGAGGCCGAAGGCCAGGGCAGCUCCAGGGGGAAGACAGAGCUACCUCACAGCUCCACACCAGGGAUGGCAUCCCCCCAGGUGCCCAUAGACACAGGGCCACCCUGGGCAGGUCAGGGGACACUCCCAUCUGAGCAGAGUGCAUCCCUGCCAGGCAGCACUCCCAGCCCUCAGCCAACCAUGUCCACUAUUGCCCUGACCCCAGAGCCAGCAGUGGGGACCCGAGCGGUGACAGCAGCCACACACACCUGGGGACAGCCAGCAGCUGCGGGCAGCAGCAAACAGGGACUAUGGGGUCACCUCAGCACUGCUCCUGCCUCCACCCUGGGGGAGCACAGAGCCCCAUCCCGUGGGCUGACACCCAAGAUGGCACAGGAGGUGAGGGCUGAGACCUGGACUUGGCUGCUGCCUGCGCAUCAGAGAAGCACACGCAGAGCCCCACUCAGCAAUGCCACCGCCGGGGAUGUGGCACCUGCCAGGUCAACAAGACUGCGGGACCCCCAGCCCACCCUCAGCACCAGCAUCACACCGCCGCCCAUCUCCAGCACGUCUCCCCCUGGCACUCCUUAUACAGGGCUGCUCCCUGAGCAAGACGUCGGCUCCCCGCAGCGAGUCCGGGGCGCUGUGGGGCAUGGCAGCAUCCCCAAUGCCACCGAGGUGACCGUGCCCACAGUGCGCCCCACAGCAGGGACACCAUCCAGCACCAGGCGCUCAGAUGCCGCAGGGACGCAGCCCCCUGCUGCCAGCAGCACCGCAGUCCCCUCAGCCACGUGGCGGCAGGGAGUGGUAUGGGUGACAACGCAGCGCGCCCCAUGGCGUCCCAUGAAGCCGGAGCCCAGCAAGCCCCCCUCAGAGCCCAGCAUCUGUACGGGGGCUUCAUGCACUGCUGGGAGCUCCAACACGACAGCAGCGGGCUGGGCUGAACUACGCCGUCCCCUUCGCAUCGCCUGGGCCGUGCACGCUUAUGUAGGGGCCGCGCUGUGCCUGCUGCUGGCACUGGGCUGCACAGCGGGGCUGGGGGGGACCAUCCUGCAGCGGCCACCCCACUGUGCCCUACUGCUGGGCACCACGGGGCUGCUGCUGGCCGCCAGCCUGCUGCGGGGCACCUUCCUGCUGCUGGAUCCGUAUGGGGCGCGGGGCCGGCUGCCGCCCCGCUGCACGUUGCUGCUCUGCUCCGUGCCCUUCACGCUGCUGCUGGGAGCCUUCGCUCUGCUGCUGGGCCGCCUGCAGCGCAUGGCACAGCUCUGCCUGCUGCCCCCCUCCUUGGGGGGGCUGCCCGCGCUGGGGGUCACGGCCGUGCUGCAGUGCCUCGCCCCUGUGGCGGCUGAUCUGCUGUGGCCACGAUGGGGUUUAGGCGCAGGGUUAGCGCUGCACGGGGUGGGCUGCGUGUUCGCCACACUGCUGCUCCUGGGGGGGCUGCGGGGUGGCUGGCGGGGGUCCCGUCGCGAGGGGCUGCGAUGCGGGGCACGGGCGCUGCUGGCGGCAGGGCUGCUGGGGGUGCCGUGCUGCUCGCUGCAGCUGCUCAGUGCCGCGUGGCUGCGGGGCGGCGUGGGCCCGGCCGGGCGCUGCGGGUGGCCCUGCUGGGCGGCCAUGGGAUGGAUGCGGGUGGGAGAGGCGGGCGUAGGGCUGGCGGUGCUGCUGGGGGCGGCCGAGCCGCUGUGGCGGGGACGGAGGGAGGAGGCGGCGGGGCACUCGUGCUGGGCCAAAGCCGUGCGGUACUUCUGCGCCGGGCGCAAGGCCCAAGCACCCGAAUAUCCCAACAACUGCUAUGAGCACGCGCCCACCGGAGACAUCUCCAAGAGCCUCAUCCGCAACCCGGCCGAGCAGCUCCCGCUGCGGGCGCUGAAGGACAGCAACGCGGCCGUGGCUGCGGGGACGCCGGGCCUCAGCCCCAAGUGCCCCAACGUGGCGGUGGCAGCCAUCCGCGAGCACGGCUCCUCGGCCUCGCUGGGCGAACUGGUCUUCCGCCCGCCAUCCCCCAUCGACCUGCGGCGCAGCAUCGACCAGGCGCUGUGCCGCCGGCACCUGCUGCGCGAGGGGCUGUUUGGGCGGCCGCGCCGCGGCUCCGGGGCCUCCAUCCGCACCUUUGAGCCCCAAACCAGUAUGGUGCGCUGCAGCUCCCUGACCGAGCUGCCCCGCGGAGAGGCCGAUGUGUCCGUCAGCUCCAUGGAGAGCUUCUCGCUGAAGAUCAGCUGGAACCCGUGGCGGCACGGCCUGUCCUCGCCCGACAGCUUGCCGUUGGAGGAGGCGCCAAGCCGGGCGCAGCUGCUGGCCCACCAGGAGACCCCCCCAGCCCUGCAGCCCCCCGGCUCUGAGCCCGAGGCGCGGCGCAGCUUCCUGGCGCUCAGCAGGCAGGUGGACGCCCGCAGCCUCUCCAGCGACACCAUUGAGCUCUGAGGUGUCACCUCGCACAGCCACAUCCCCUCCUGCUGUGACCCUCAGCCAGCUCCGUUUGUGCCAAAAAAAAGAGAAAUAAAGUU